GGCGUGGUUUGUGGUGACGUCAGACGCACCCGGGAUUAUCCUGUUUUAUUUUUUUGUUUUUUUAUGUCGCCUCAUCCAUCGCAUAUUCCAUCCUAACGCACUGCUCGGGGCGGAUUAUCGCCAUGUUGUGACGUUUGCAGCCUCGGCGAGCCUUUACGUAACUUGACGUCGUCUGGAGAAGGAUCUGGAAGCUCGGAUGAGGCGCGUGUCCCGCCACGCAGAUGGGCGCCGACGGCAGCAAGAAGAGGCCCACUGACGCCCGGGAGGACCAGAACCUGGUGUCGGGAUGGCGCGGCUUCCUGUCCGGCAUGAGCCUGUCCCUCCCCGCCGCCGUCUGCCGCCUGGCUCCGCCCCCCCUGCGCCCGGCUGGGCGGCGCAUGCUCCAGGCCAAGGCGCCCGACAUCCCCGAACAUGUGCUGAGGCUGGCGGCUGUGGGGCCCGACAAGCUGAGGGCGGAGUGGAGCCUGCCGGGCUGGGUGACCAUGUUCCUGCCCGAGUUCCCACACAGGCCUGCACCUGGACAGGAACACUUUCAGGUGUUGGGCUACAUCGCCAAAGGUUCUUUCGGCCCCAUCCUGAAGGUGAAGGACAAGAGCAAGCAGAAGACGUACGCUGUCAAGGUGAUUCCCAAAUCUGAGAUCCUCAGACUGGGCGUGUUGGAGCAGUCCAAGGAAGAGGUCAUAGUUCAGCGUCAGGUUCAUCACCCGUUUGUCCACGACCUGCAGGACUGUUGGCAGACACAGCGCCACCUCUACAUUAUGUGUGACUAUUGCGGCACGGGCGACCUCUACACCUACUGGCAGAUGAUCGGACACUUCGCCGAGGACACGGUGCGAGUGUUUGCGGCCGAGCUGGGCUGCGCGCUAGGAUUCCUGCACGACUUUGGAAUCAUCCACAGAGACGUGAAGGUAGGGGAAGUGUUUCAAGCUAAUGGCGUCUUUCAGCUUGUUAUUUCGCCGCAUUCGUAACACAUCGGAAGCGCGACUUACGAACCCCUCGGUUUGCGAACUCUUAUGUCCGCGUGCCGUCAUUUUGCCUCUCUUGUGCCGGCUCGUAUUGAAGAGA